AAGAUUGUUGCAUGUCAUUGCCGGUACAAAUAUUUGGCAUCCGAUGAGUCAAAGCAGUGAAGUGAACGAUAUUUCCAGGGAUUCGAAUCAAGCCAGCAGCAACAUAACAUUCAGUGUGGCAAGACUUUUAUCCGAAGAUGUGAAUAAUGGCAAUCAUGCUGCUGCUGCUAUCAUCAGUCACCAUCAUGCCUCACCCAACAGCAUCAAACGGCCACUGCCGUUGCGAAUAAAAACGCUUGCAAUCGACGACCCUUUAGAAAUUCCAAAUAAGCACAAAACUAUCUUUCACUCUUCCGGCCUAGACAUAGGAAGCGAAACGGUCAGUUGCUUAUUUGGUGUUCAGCGUCAACGAACUUCGCUGCUAGGUUCUCAACCUAGUCGAGAAAAUGCGAAUCACAGCUACUCCAAGGGAAAACGAUCCUGGUCUCGUGCGGUCUUCAGCAAUCUUCAAAAGAAAGGACUCGAGCGAACGUUUCAGAAGCAAAAGUACAUUACAAACCCGGACCGGAAGAGACUCGCUGCAAAUCUAGGAUUACACGAUUCACAAGUAAAAGUUUGGUUCCAGAAUAGACGAAUGAAAUGGCGUAAAUCUAUUAAACCCAUGUAUGGCUCAAAGACCACCAAGUCGGAUAGCAGCGAAUGUACGUAUCAAAUGAGUGGAAAAACUCCAGAAUCUUCAAGUGAAGAUGAGAGUGAUGAAGAACUUAUUAUCGAUUGAAGUCCAA